AUGGCAAACAUUUUCAGAUGUAUGGUUGCGAUGUACCUUACUAUGUGCCUUUUAGCAACGGUGGUGCAUGGUACUUCCAUAUCCAUUGAUAGUGAUCAGUUUGAUGCAAGCAGUGAGUUUCCCGGUGAUAGCGCAGUUUCUGGUGAUAAUUCUUAUCAAGCUCUACAAUCAUCUAUACUUGCCGAUAGUUCAGGGGAUCUACCUUACUCAGUGGAAAUAUCUUCUCAACAACUACUAUCGGAGGACAACAACUACAUCACUGUAAGCGAUGAAGUGUUUUCUAUUGAUAGCCAGUCCGACAGUGCUCCAUUUCCCUCACUAUCGGAUGCUCUAAUGGAUGAUUCUUCUGCUUACUUUCCAAUGACUUCCGCUGAGGUUAUGUCGGAACCUCUCCAAAGUCAAAUUGGACAAUCGCUCGAUUUUUCAAAUAAUUAUAUUAGUAGCAAUGCAACUGCUAUGUUAACGUUGGAUUCUACGAAAAUGUUUAUUUCAACAAAUUCAAGCGACGCUUUACAGCCAACUAUUUAUGUCAGCGCAAAUAUCUCUGCAUCAAUGGUUUCCAGCUAUAGCAAAUCGCCAUCCAGUAAUCUAUCGGUUGUCUUUGCAUCUUCAGUUGCUCAGUCCAGUAUCGAAGGCAAUCCUUCCUCCGAAUUGAGCACUACUAAAAUUUCGCCGUCAUCUGGGUUUCUUAGCCAGCUUAGUGCUACUAAUAUUCCUAUAUCAACUGCAAUAACAACACCGUCGUCAAGUGUCAUCUUAACCAAUCUAUCGUUGCCUAUAUCAACUGCAAUAACAACACCGUCGUCAAGUACCAACUUAACCGAUCUAUCGUUCUCUAUUUCUACUUCUAAUCAGCCAAUAUCAAGUCAGGAUACCCAAAUCAGUACCAGCGUAAAGGAUCAAUCCAGUCUACUAUUGAGCAAGGAUAUUGCCUCCUCUUCUGAUUCUUCGUCUUUCUAUUCUCAAGACAUGUCUUUAUCAUCCUCACCUGUAGCCAUGUCUAAUAUGCAGAGUUCAACGAGUUUAGUAGAAAUGUCGGUUUCUAGCUCUUCCAAGGUUGAUAUUCCACGAUCAUCCUUCGUUUCCAGUAAUUUAUAUCUAAAGAGUUCUAGCAUCAAGAACGAUCUAUCUAUUCUUCCCUCGAAACAGAGUAGUCUCUCGGUCUCAACUUCAUCCAGUGUAACCCUAGAUUUGUUCUUUUCCAGUGAUUUAUCCUUGUCCAAUAACUUAAUUACAAGCACACAAAAUAAUACUGGCGACAUGAUUACGAAUUCAAUCAGUAAUCCAGCAACUACAAACUCACCUGUGACUACGCCAACUCCAACCGUGAAUCCUUGCCUGAAUAAUCCAUGCCAACCUUUUGCUGUCUGCAAUGCACUAUCAACAUUAACGAUCGGAUACUUUUGCACCUGCAGAGUGGGCUAUUAUCAGCAAGAUGUAAACGCCCUUUUAACAAAUAGCCAAGGGUGCUUAGAGGGUAGCUAUUUUACUGGUACUCUAUCUCUAGACGAUGUAUUUGAGCCUACAUUAAAUGAUCCUAACAAUCAAAAAGGACAACGAAUAAAGAAUGAUAGCAAAACACAGAUCGAAGCCGCGAUACGAAACUCCCAAGAUGCAGCUACCAAUUUUCUAUAUAUCAUCAUCACCGGCCUGAGGUCUGGGAGUAUUAUUGUCGAUUUCUAUGCUGUUUAUGAUAAUAAUGCCACAGUAAAUCAAACUGCAAUUCAAGACACUAUCCAACAAAAUGUUCAAACGGUGGGCAGCAUAGUAGUUCAGGGAGUUAACGUGACGGAAACCAAUGAGUGUGCAGUCGAUAAUGAUCCUUGUUCAGGCCAAAAAGAAACCUGCAUUGAUUUACAAGACGGCUUCAAAUGUCAGCGUUGCCCGACAGGCUUUCAAUUUAACACUUCCACCAAAGGCUGUUCAGACAUCAAUGAAUGUUUGGCAAGUGUAAGUCCAUGCAAAGCGAAUGAAAAAUGUAUUAAUGAAGAUGGAAAAUACUCGUGUACAUUGAAAUCUACCAUCAAUCCUUCUCAAGUGACUUGUACAGCUACUAGCUGCUUAAAUGGCGGCAAUUGCAGUGUUGAUAGUACUGCUAACGAAAUUGUUUGUAUUAAAUCAUUCUAUUUCAGUUGUACAAUCUUUUUUACCGGCAAAAAUUGCCAAAAUUUAAGCACCAUUACCAUCAUCCUGAUUACAUCAGGUGCUGGACUUGGUUCAUUUACUGCCAUUCUCUUAGUGGCUGUAGCUUAUUACCGACGCCAAGGUAAAUCACUAACCAAGAAAAGUAUUAAUGAUGACUACGAAGAAAUGAUUGACGGUAAUAAUGAUCUAGUCGAUAAAGAAAAGGGCUAUAUCAAUAAUGACGCAGAGGAAAUUCCUCUUCGACCAUAUGCUGGCCAAAUAGGUGGAGAGUAUACAACUAUCAUUUACGAAGCUAAACAUAGGACUUCCAUGAUUGGAUAG